CCUUUAUCAAUCCAUCGUCAGGAUCGAUAGCACCCCACAGGAACUUUCUCAGAAGAUCGACGAUACUAGUGACACAUAAAGUCGCAGUCUUGGAACUGGAAGAAAUUUGAUGAUCGCAAUGGCGGAGCUCCGACUGUUAUUGUGGCAAUGGUGCUCGGUAUUGCGCCCUCUGUUUUUCCGUAGGGACGAUAUUUUGGAGGGCUGGACGAGCUAGUGGCGCGUAGAGGUCUACUAGCUCCCUCCUGCGUCCUCGAAAAUCUGGAAGUGAUAGACGGCUUACAAGAGCAGUCUUGAAGGCGGGGUAACUAAACUAUGCCCAAGAUGUUGGCGUCGGCGUCCCCGUGGCGGAGUAGCCCGCCAAGGGGAAGGCUCGAAGAUGACUUCUAGCAUUAGGCAGCUCGCAAAGUAGAUAGCAGAUCAUCUCGUUGGUCAUCUCGUUGGGUCAUGUUGUCGAGGGGUCAAGUAUUGCUUUGCUUAGACGUCGGCGGGCCGCGAAGUGUGUGUUAUGAUGGUCGCGCAUGGCAAAGAGGGCGGGUUGUCCAUUCGCUUUUUUUCUUGUCAGCCGCUGCAAAUUAGUAACAGUAAGGAGCGGCGCUCACUGGCACUAACACUGUUUCUUUGAAAUUUGGGGCGCUGCAUUCAAGAUCUCGGCCUCUCAAUCACUGACAUAAAGUAUCCGCGCUCGAUAAUUUUUUUAUGCGAGUCUAGCGCCCCCCCCGGAAGUAUUUUUGCACCGCAGCUAGCUUUGGUGUCUCCUCCCGUUCAAAAUCAAACCUGCGGGGAUUCGAUUUUUCGAGACAGGGGUUUCGUACGCGGCCAUUCAGCGUGACGGCCGGACGUCCGACUGUUGAGUUACAUGGCCACUCACAGCGUAAGAAAUUUAUCCUUCCUCCUAAGUUGAGCGAACAAAUCGCC